AUGGGCAACAACCCCUCCUCGUCGUCUAAGCCUGCCACGCCUGUCUCAUCUGCUUCAGCGUCGCAGGACUCGCCCAAACACCACCAUCACCACCACAAGAGAGAGUCUAGACACAAUAUCCCGCCGCGGUCCGCUGAGCGAGUUGCAGCCCCGCCUGAACCAUCCCUCACUCAAGCCCAGGGCUCCACGAUCACCAAGGGUCCCAAACCCCUCCAGUCCAUCCCUAUUUCCAACUUCACCACCGGCUCUCCUUCGUCGAGCUCGAGUACCUCUGUUCCACAACCGAAACCCCCGGAUUCGAAGCACAUCAUCCGCGAUGAGCCCAGCAAACCCGUAGACGUUCCCAGCGCCCCGACCGAAUCCUCCUCUCUCAGGUCGCAUUACUCCGCUCACAUGGUUGAACCACCGUUGGUCUCCAAUAACAGUGUGAACGACAUGUCGUAUAUCACACGCCCUCCCCGCCUUCCUCUCCCCAUUGAGGAGGAGAUACACACCCCCGGCUCACCUAUCAUCGCCCCGGCUGACGCCGGCGAGGUUGCCGUCGCGGACGUAGAAAACCUCGAUUCGGAUGGCAUGACAAGGAAGUCAUCGGCGCUGAGUACGAACACCGUCGAUGAAGAGGAUGGCGAGGAAUUGAUCGUCGACAAGACGCGGCCAACGGUGCCAACACGUCUUGAGUGGCGCAGAGGAGGAGGUAAAAUCUAUGUUACAGGAACCAUCUUCCAGUGGAACCGUAAACAAAGAUUACAUCCAGUCGAGGGACAGCCUGGCGUAUUUGCGGCGACGAUACACAUUCUUCCGGGAACACAUCAUGUCAGAUUCUUGGUGGAUGGAAUCAUGCAAACCUCGCCCGAUUUGCCAACGACGGUGGACUUUGGCAAUAAUCUCGUUAACUUCAUAGAAGUCAGUGCUGACGACCUGCCCGCAAAAGCUCCUGUGACUCCUGGGCCCGUCCCUGCUCCAGGCACUGUUGCCAAUGACCAGGGUGCCCUUAAAGCCUCGGCAUCGCAGGGUGAUGAACAACCAAAACCACCGAGGGGCAAGGCAGUGCCCUCGCCUAGUCAAUAUUUUCACCAAAUACCCAAAUAUUUGGUGGACUUUGACCAGCCUGAAGACUCCCCAGCCUAUCAGUAUGCGGUGACAGCUAUUGAGAAGUUGCCGACGCCCCCUAGUCUACCAGGUUUCCUGGGCAAGCCCAUCUUAAACGCUGCGGUCCUUAUGAAAGAUGACAAUAGUGUACUCAACAUGCCAAACCACACUGUCCUCAACCACCUGGCCACCAGCAGCAUCAAAAACAACAUCUUGGCCGUUUCAGCAACGACACGUUAUAAGAACAAGUAUGUCACUACAAUCAUCUACAAGCCCACAACAACAGACGAAUAG